AUGGAGAAGGACAAGUGUGGGGGGUUGGUGCCCCCUCCGGACAUGGGUGCGGCUCACCUUUCCAAAGUGUGGGCUGGAAACAGGGCCCUGGGGUUGGAGAAGGUGGGAGGGACAGUUGAGAUGUGGGCACCAUCCGUGAAGACAGAAGCGACAUUCCCUGAGGCAGAAGGAGCUUCCUUGGAGCAAGGGCAGAGGGGGCAGGCCCAGGAAAGUGCCCAAGAUGCCCUCUCCUGUGCCGGGAGCGCCGGCGUCCCCCAACGCGGGCAGCCCCAGUGCGCUUCCUCCCUCCCACCGCGGGAAGGCAUCCGGGCUCGGCAUUGCGGCAGAGAGGCACCUGGCAAAGUCCUCAGCCCGGCUGGGCAGCAGUCCGGGCUUCUCCGUGCCGCCCCAAGCUGGCCUUUGUGGGAGGCGGCAGCAGCCAGGCAGGGGGCGCGAAUCCUGGCUGUCUGCCGGGGAGAGCGGGCUGGGAUGCGGGCACCAUUCAUGAAGACAGAAGCGACAUUCGCUGAGGUGGAAGGAGCUUCCUUGGAGCAAGGGCAGAGGGCACAGGCCCAGGAGUGUGCCCAAGAUGCCCUCUCCUGUGAUAGUGGAAGGACAUUCAGUGAGAGGGGGAAUCUUCAGCAGCAUCGGAGAACUCACACACAGGAGAAACCCUUUGAAUGCUCAGAGUGUGGAACGAAAUGCAGUUGUAGUGGCGCUCUUCAACGGCACCAAACAAUCCACACAGGGGAGAAACCGUUUGAAUGCUCAGUGUGCGGGAAGAGAUUUGGUCGGAGUGGCCAUCUUCAAUGGCAUCUUAGAACUCACACAGGAGAGAAACCUUUUGAAUGUGCAGAGUGUGGAAAGAGAUUCAGUGGGAGUGGCGCUCUUCAAUACCAUCAAAGAAUCCACACUGAUGAGAAACCACUUCAAUGCUCAGAGUGUGGAAAGACAUUCAGGGGGAGUGGCAAUCUUCAACGGCAUCAGAGAACUCACACAGGGGAGAAACCUUUUGAAUGCUCAGACUGUGGAAAGAGAUUCAGUGGGAGUGGCGCUCUUCAAUACCAUCAAAGAAUCCACACUGAUGAGAAACCACUUCAAUGCUCAGAGUGUGGAAAGACAUUCAGGGGGAGUGGCAAUCUUCAACGGCAUCAGAGAACUCACACAGGGGAGAAACCUUUUGAAUGCUCAGACUGUGGAAAGAGAUUCAGUGGGAGUGGCGCUCUUCAAUACCAUCAAAGAAUCCACACUGAUGAGAAACCACUUCAAUGCUCAGAGUGUGGAAAGACAUUCAGGGGGAGUGGCAAUCUUCAACGGCAUCAGAGAACUCACACAGGGGAGAAACCGCAUGAAUGCUUAGAGUGUGGAAAGAGAUUUAGUGGGAGUGGCAGUCUUCAGUGGCAUCUUAGAACUCACACAGGGGAGAAGCCGUAUGGAUGCUCAGAGUGUGGAAAGACAUUCAGGGGGAGUGGCAAUCUUCAACGGCAUCAGAGAACGCACACAGGGGAGAAACCGCAUGAAUGCUUAGAGUGUGGAAAGAGAUUCAGUCAGAGUGGCGCUCUUCAAUACCAUCAGAGAACCCACACAGGUGAGAAGCCGCAUGGAUGCUCAGAGUGUGGAAAGACAUUCAGGGGGAGUGGCAAUCUUCAACGGCAUCAGAGAACGCACACAGGGGAGAAACCGCAUGAAUGCUUAGAGUGUGGAAAGAGAUUCAGUCAGAGUGGCGCUCUUCAAUACCAUCAGAGAACCCACACAGGUGAGAAGCCGCAUGGAUGCUCAGAGUGUGGAAAGACAUUCAGGGGGAGUGGCAAUCUUCAACGGCAUCAGAGAACGCACACAGGGGAGAAACCGCAUGAAUGCUUAGAGUGUGGAAAGAGAUUCAGUCAGAGUGGCGCUCUUCAAUACCAUCAGAGAACCCACACAGGUGAGAAGCCGCAUGGAUGCUCAGAGUGU